CGAAGCAUUCCCAUUUGACUCUAGGGUUUCCAGUUUCUACUAUCUUUUUUUGAUAGCGGAGGAAGAAAAGGAGGAGGCUUCUCAACAACAACCACCAUUAGCAUAGCAGUAUGGACGGCAUGAACAGCCCUGCAUUACAACAGUUUAUUGAGCAAGAAAAAGAAAGAGCAAUGCUGAAUGAAAUGGUGGCUAAGCUUACAGAUGCUUGCUGGGACAAGUGCAUAACCAGUACCCCUGGGGCUAAGUUCAGCUCUAGUGAAUCAUCUUGUCUUUCCAACUGCGCUCAACGAUAUAUGGACAUGAGCAUGAUUAUCAUGAAACGUUUUCAAUCCAUGAACUGACGACAUUGCUGGAAUCUAUUUUAAGUGGCGUUGUUCUCUGUGAUUGAUUCAUUAACUGGUCGGUGUUCGCCUCUAUUUAGUUUCAAACAGUCUCUCAAGAAAUAAUUUUGUAAAAGAAACUUCUAUUUUACUAGUGUAGUUCUGGUUAGUCAAGAGUUAUAGAAAUUAGAAGAGAGGAAGGAACUUGUAUUCUCUAUUUGUGUUAUAGUUACAAGAUUGAUGCAGUAGUUUUAUUGCAGUUCGUCAGAGAUUAUUAUGUGAAUGCAUCAUAUUAUUGUUGGAUGUGUGAAAGAAAAACUCAAAUCUUUAAUUUA